GCGGGGGGGGGCGGGAUGGGAGCCCGUGGUGGCGGGGGGGGGCAGGGAGGUCCGGGGAGCGGGGGGAGGAGGCUCGCCCCCCACCGCGCGGGGCUGCCGGCCUUGGCCUGGCCUGAGGCGGGCGCCCGCCCCUCCGCCCAGGGAGAGCAGCGGGGGCGGCCCCCUCCCGUCCGGAGGAGCGCGGGCAGGGCGGCUCGGCCUCCCCAGCCCGCCCCCUCCGGCCCGCCCCCUCCGAUCUCAGCCCGGCCCUCCGCGCCGGCCCGGCAGCAGCAGCAGGUCACACACAGGCGGGCGGCUGCUGCUGCUGCUGCUGCCAGGAGGAGCCCUUCCUUGCCCAAGAGGAGGCGGCGGCGGCGGCGGCGGCCUGAGGAGCAGCUGGAGCUGACGCCGGCCGAGAUGCUGCGCUACAGCUCGGGGCUGACGCUCACCACCACCACGCCGAGGAAGCCCGAGAGUAGCGGCGGCGGCGCCCGGAGGAAGGCAAAUGUUUGCCGAUUGCGCUUAACCCUGCCCCCUGAUGAAGGCCCACAGAAAGGAAAAAAUAAGACUGAAAGGACAAAAAAGCUCUACCAUGUUCCCAACGGAUUGUCUUCAGGAAACUUCUCGCAUGGUGUGGUGUAUGGUGUGGUCCACAGAUCCGACGAUAAUCAUAACAAAGAAAUGGUGGUUUAUGGAUGGUCAGCGAACCAGCUGAAAGAAGAAAUGAAAUAUAUAAGAGAUGUGAGGCUGACGUUGGAAAAAGUAAGAAAGAAAAUGUAUGGAGAAUAUGAUGAAAUGAAACGCAAGAUCCAAGAGCUUACAAAUGAACUGACAAUAUCAAACACUCAGCAGGAAUCGCUUCAGAAUCAUGUCCAAGUGCACUCGGCAGCUUUGGAUAGCUUCAGUGAAAUGAACAGCUCCUUGACUUCAGCCUCAAUUGAGCUGCAGAAAACCUUAGUCGAUGUUACAUUGGAGAAUACAGUUAUACGAGAUCAGAUCAAGAAUCUAAAGCAAACACAUGAAGAGUCCAUGGAAAAACUGAAGGAAAAGCAAAAGCAGCUGGAAACAGCUAGAGUUGAAAAUGAACUGCUUAAACUCAAGGUUGAUUGUUCACAAGAAGCUAAUGUAGAAAUAAUGCGAGAGAUGACCAGAAAACUAUACAGCCAAUAUGAAGAAAAGCUCCAGGAAGAAGAACAGAAGCAUAAACUGGAGAAAGAAACCCUGAUAAGUGAAACCAACAGACUACUUACAGCGAUUGAAGAUGCUAAUAAAAGGAUGAGACUUACAGAGAUGAGUUUACAAGAAAAAGACCAGAGGAUUGGUGAGCUGGAUCUGUUCAUUCAACGCAUGGAAGAGGAACGCCAUCAACUGCAAGAACAACUAAUGGAGUAUGAAGUACAACUACAUGGAGCCAACCUUCACAGCCAGGCAGGCAGGCAGAGGUCACACCAGUUGCAAGAGGUCACAGCUAGUCUGCGAGAACGAAUCAAACAUCUGGAUGACAUGGUGCUUUGCCAACAAAAGAAAGUCAAGCACAUGGUUGAGGAGAUUGAGUUGCAAAAGAGAAAAAUGAAGCAAAAGGAACUGUUUAUAUAUCAGCUUUUGGAAAAAAUAUCUUUUCUUGAAGGAGAGAAUAAAGAACUGCAAGACCGUUUGGACUACUUGAUGGAGAUGCAGCCCAGAGAUGAUGUGGAAACCAGAGACGUUGGAGUGGGAUGUGACCUGCCACGGAGCGCUGAAAGCAGCAGCAGCAGCAGGGUGCCUCCCGAGGUGGUGAAGCCUACCAGGACAUACACUCCCUUCAUGAGAGUCCUGGAGUAUUCCUCAAGGCACAGCCCGUCCCGUAACCUCCCAGACCCAGGCGUCCCUCACAAGUGAUCUGCUGCCUGGCCUCCCUGCAGCUUGAAGGAUGGAUGAGGACCACCUGCAUGAGGCCAACAAGAAAGAAACCCUUCAGUGACUUGGUGCCUGAAGUUGCAGGAGACCAGAGGUGAGCCAGACUGCAUCACCUGUGGCUGCUUCCAGGGAGGAAGCUGUGCUAUGCCAAAGGGACGGCUGUACAGUUUGUCCCGUGGCUGAGAGUCCUCACUGUGAAGGGGAAUGCAUCUAUCAUUUGAAUUGUAAUCUGUUACUUAAUAUCGCAAGGAGUAGCACCCCUAUUUUCCACAAGGGCAUUCCCUCCCAAGUUGCUCCUUUGCUUUCCUGGAAAGGGGAUCAAGUUCUGCUUCUGAAAACACUGCCUAGGAUUCCAGGGCUCCAUAAGAUGCCGGUGGAGACCGUCCACUGUGCAUCCAAGUACUCCAUGCAUUUCAGCGCCCCACCAGCCCUGGAGAGCCUCGUUGAAGGGAACAGAAAUCACUCCACAGCAGUACUUGGCUGACUGCAUCCCAGGACUUGGCUUUUUGCUGGGGGUGCACUUUGGUUUCUAAACUCAAGCACAACAAAGGUGUUAACUGCCAAGUUUAUUUUAGUGGCCAGUAACCUCAACUUCUGAACCUUCUGCAUUAUUUUGCUGAAAGGGACUUUUCCUGCCUUCCUGUAUCCACCUUUUGCCUGUCUCCAGGAAAAAUAGCAUUCUUGGUGCAUUAUAAUACAUGGAAGUUUUCACACUGCUGUUCAUAAUCUUUGUAAGUUUGUAUAUUUAAAAUCUCUGGAUUUUGUUCUGCUUAAAUAUUGUUAAAAAUACUUUAUGCUGAAGCUUCAACGGGACUUGACUAAACCAACCGUGUAUAUAUUUUAUAUGUAUAGUAUAUAUUUAUAUAGUAUUAUGUUCUGUUUAAUGUCACUCAAGAGCAUACUGGAGGGGUUGACUUUCCCUCAAAGCACCCUAACACAUAGCACAAAUGAGAAAAGUUAAAGCAGGAAAUUGGAUUCAGAAUCUUUUGCCUGGUGCUUUUUAGGCCUCUCUGGGCUGUUGCUGGUAUGUUUCAUAUUCAACCCUAUACUUGACUGAAGAGUUCUUCAUGGAUUUGCACUAUUUAAACAGUCAGUGAUGCAGCACAUUCUGCAGGAUGGCUCUGGAUCAGUGUGGGUCUGCUGGAAAACUUUGCAACAAGAUAAUUUAUUGCUUGUUUCACUUUUGACUCUCCUGUUCUGCAUCUUUCUUCACUAAGCAGAUUUCACUGUGAUGCCAAAAUGAAAAGGUCUGCACUGUUGCUGUUGGAAAUCCUUUCUCAUUCGGUGCAUUGCCAAGGUUUAUUGUCCAGUUACAGUUACUUCUUCACGUGACUUCAUAAUGUGUUUGGUCAUUUGAAUCUCAAACCCCAGUUGGGGCAAUGAAGAGUCUCCCAUUAAAAUCGGCUUGAUGUGCCAAAUAAUGUCACCCUGAAACAUGAUCUGAUGCUCAGAAUCUGGGGCUAAAAAGACGCAGUGGCCUUAGUCUGCUUUGGGAAGAUGGACAAGAGAUAAAUAUAAUGAUCUGUGAACUGGAAUGAUGUGAUGUCUUGGAUGACACCUCAGAUGGUAUAAAGACUACAGUUCACAUGAUUUGGUAUCUCACCUGACCUACCACAAAUCCACUUUUGGAAAAAGGUAUACAAAGUCCAAUAAAAAUGGCAAAUAAAUAGAAGAGAACCUCUAGGAUGUGCUGAAGGGGAAUGCAUUAAUGCAAAUUAAUUCCACAAUGCGUUCAUUCACCGGAAUGAAGUUCUCUUCUAUCACAAGGCACCUCCUAAGGCUUUUAAGUUUGUGUGCUUUCAGUCGUCUCUCCUGAUGAAGACAUUUGUUGCAACAUGUUUGUCAAUUCAUUGAAAACACUCUCCUUUGGCACCUGCUUUUGAGGUUUGUCUCUGUAUCUUUUGUUGUUUUUGUUAUGGGUCUCCUUUCCUGUGUUUGCAAUAAAAAGAGCAGCUGUGGGCCAGAUAUGGGCUGUGCCUACAAUGCCACGUGUGGCAAUUCUGCCCUGCAACACGGACAAAGUUGAACCAGAAACACUGGAGUGAUGCCAACACAAUUCUGCCCAGUGAAGCAACCAGGUCACGCCCUUGUCAGGGUGUCGGCAAGUAGCUAGUGGGUUUGUGCCUGAAGUGAGACCUCACCUACUGCUUUUUGUCUCCCUUUCCUGCAUCUUCCAAGUUUUCCAGAGGCCCCCAUCAAAUUUGGGGGAGAGGAGAGCUGGUCUUGUGAUAGCAAGCAUGAGGUGUCCCCUUAGCUAAGCAGGGUCCACCCUGAUUGCAUAUGAAUGGGAGACUAGAAGUGUGAGCACUGGAAGAUAUUCCCCUCAGGGGAUGGAGCCGCUCUGGGAAGGGCAGAAGGUUCCAAGUUCCCUCCCUGGCAGCAUCUCCAAGACAGGGCUGAGAGAGACUCCUGCCUGCAGCCUUGGGCAAGCUGCUGCCAGUCUGUGUAGACAAUACUGAGCUAGAUAGACCAAUGGUCUGACUCAGUAGAUGGCCACUUCCUAUGUUCCUAAAUUGCCUACUUACAGCAAUCAAGAAAUAACUGCCCACUAUAAUUCUGCCAAAGAAAACCACAUGGCUCUGUGGUUGCCAGGAGUCGACACCGACUCGCCGGCACAACUUUACCUUUAUUUGGGUGCAGGGUAUUGUUCUAGUUUAAGCUUUAAUCUGACUGUGCCUUAUAGCUCUUAAAAUGCUCGGCCAAAGAGAAAUUUUGAAACUCUCUGAAGAGCAGGGUGUUUCAGAAUAUGCUGUAUGAUUUCAGAGACUUUCACCUUUGCCCCUGCUUGCCUGGUCUUAAAACAUGUCUGCUACAGUGUUAGUUGAUCCUUCUGCCAUGGCAACUGGGGUGCCUACUUGAAUAAAGACUCGUUGCAAGUUG